AGGCACAGACGUGGAGGCAGCUCCCACGGCCGCUGGCACCGGCGCUGCGGGCAGGGAGAGCUCCAUUGUCAGCCCUAUGGGGGUACAGGGAGAGACCCGGCAGGGCUGGGCUUAGGGGCUGGCUGGAAGGGAGAAGGGAGUGCAAGGUGGGGUGUCAGAGGGUGGGAGUCCCCGUCCCGCCGUGCUGGGGAGCGGGUGGGGAGCGGGGGGCUUCCCCCUGACCCCCCGGGAGCGGGGGUGCCAUGAGCUCGCAGGAUGAGCAGUUCCGAGCAGCAGCCCCCGAGGCAGCGGCAGAUGAUGGGAUGAGCUGGUGGUACAGGUGGCUCUGCAGGAUUGCCGGGCUCAUCGGGGGCAUGUCCUGUGCAGUUGCUGGUCUCUGGAACUGUGUCACCAUCAACCCCCUGAACAUUGCAGCUGGCGUGUGGAUGAUGCUCAAUGCCUUCAUCCUGUUCCUGUGUGAGGUCCCUUUCUGCUGCCAGUUCAUCAAGUUCGCCAACGCCGUCUCAGCGCGGGCGGAGAAGCUGCGGCCCUGGCAGAAAGCUGCCUUCUACUGCAGCAUGGCCGCGUUCCCUGUCCUGCUCAGCCUGACGCUGACCACGCUCUUUGGAAACGCCGCCGCCUUUGCCACCGGGGUGCUCUAUGGCAUGGCAGCCCUUGGCAAGAAGGGAGAUGCCAUCUCCUAUGCCCGGAUCCACCAGCAGCAGCAGCAGAAGCAAAUGGAUGAAGAGAAGCUCACAGGGGACACGGAGGGACAGGCAAUCUGAAGCACUUGAGCUCAGGGUCACCUCUCCUGGACACUGAGACGCUGGUGAAGAUACAGAAAUCCCCUCUGCCCUUCCCUCUGCCUGCUCACCCCCCUCUCACACCCCGAGUUCCCUGGACACUGCAGCAAGUGAAGGAAAUCUCAGGGGCUGAGCCAGCUCUGCCCUCCUCUCACACCAGCAGCCAGACCUCAGUGCAUUGAUCUCUCAUUGAUCCCCUGCUAUUUUCUUUUUAAAUUUGUAUUUAUUUACUUAUUUAUUUUCCUUUUCUCCAGAGGUGCUGGCUCUUUGGGUGCUGUGUCACCAGCCUGGGUGGGUAUCCUUCUAUCUGGAGUGAUGCCUGGCAGUGAAGUGAGGGUGCAGUGCUCCUUUGGGAGCUGCUCUGCUGAUGGGGUGAGGAGGGACAGAGCUGAAGUGGCAGCCGGGGAGCUGCUGGGGCUCAGCUGCCAGUCCAGGUUAUGUGCUUUUCAGCACCACUCUGGUGUGGCCCUUCCCAGGUGGCACACACUAAUCCAGGGCUUAACAAUACAUGGGGAUGGGCUUAAGCUUUGUCUUGUCCCAUGGAUUGUGUUUUCAUGUGGGUCCAGUUAGAGCAGGUGUCAGAGGCACUGCUGCAUGGGAAAGGAUUCUAGCAAAAAAAAAAUAAACGUAUAAAGACAAUAAAGGAGCUGCCAGAGGAGCUGGGGGAGGUCCUGAUACCUACAAAGCACAGUCCCCCCUUCCUCUGGCCUCAGCUGCAGGCAGUGACACUGCAAUUUACUUGAAUUAUAAGAAUUAAUUACUUUGUCUUAAUAAGGGGACUUCUCUUAAACUUCUUUCUUCUAAUAGGAAAGAAGGGAAAUGAGGUUUGCUUUACCUCAGCUGGAAAAGGUACUAUUGCUUGAGCCAAGAGGGAUGUUUUUGCUGGUGUAAGGGUUGCUGAUGUGCAAGAGCAUCCCCCUCUCAUGAGCCUGGGACUUUGUUCUCUCUCACUCCCUGCAUCCACUCCUGCUCUCACGACCCAUCCCUCUGUGCCAGGCCCUUUGGUUCUGUCUGGUACAGAACUUUUCUUUGUGCUUAUUUGCUUUUUGCAGCAUUUCUGGUCUGGUUUUGUAUGGGCAGGUGGCAUAGUCUUCCUGCACAAACACAGAGGGGUCUGCACCAUUUUGGUGGGGAUCUCUGGGGUGUCUUGCCUCUUUAUUCCAGGCUCCAUCAGUGGUUCUUGCACCCUAUUUUCUGUUUGCUUUGUAUCAUGCAGAACAAAACUGCUCACUGAGUCCAGAUCCCUCCCCCUUCACAUCCUGAUUUCUUAUGGGAGUUUUAAUUUAUUUAAUUUUCCAUGAUCCCUUUUAAUUUGGACUAGAAAAAAAAAAAGAGCAAUAGUUUAUUUCUAGUUAUUUAAGUAUUUUGAUGGGAUUUAUUUUCUCUGGACAUAGGGGAAAGAAAUUUCCAGUCCUUUAAAGAGCUGCCUUAUUUCCCGGGGGGGUCUCUGGCCCCAGGGAGAGCUCUGGCUGCUGGAACUCACAGGGAUGCUGUAACUGGGAGGCUGAAGAAUCCCACUUCAGCCUUCAGAUCAUUUCUCAGACUUUUAGGAAGUGUGCUGUCUUUCUACCCCUUUGUCUUCCUCUGGGUCCCUGGCUUGGCAGAGUUGUUUUUCUGUUUUUCUCCCUCUUCUGGAAGAGAGGGGGGAGGAAGAUGGGGCAGUGACUGCUGGGGGGGAGGUUUGCACCCCCUGGGCAGGGACCCCUGGGGGCUGCAGCCUCUUCUCCCCCUGCCCUGGGAGCUGAGCUCCUGCUGCCACCAACACUUUGUGGUCCCUUUGGGGUCACUGCAGUUUCAGGGGGGUUGUGUCUGAGAAAUGCAGCUGGGGGCUGAGUGCUGGCUGCCAGCUGAGCAGUGUCAGGUUGGAAAAUAUCUACAUAAGAGCUCCUUCCUCUGGGCACAGGGCCUGCUCCUGUUUGCUGGGUGGCACCGGGAGGUCCCUGGGCAUGGAUGGGAUGGAGCUGGUGCUGGAGGGGUGGCUGGGCAGGGAUGCAGUGGGAGCAGGGCUGUCCCUGGGGAUGGGGGCCACUGAGCUGCUGGUGUUUCUUUAGGGAGGUGUGAGGAUUUACAGCAGCUGGGAAGGCAGCCUGGGUGUGUUUGCACACACAGACCCUGACAGCUGGAGCCUGGGAAGCUGCUCUGUGCUCAGCCCCUUCCCCAGCCAUGGCUGCUCUGACACCAGUUUGUCUGCUGGGCAGAUCAGGCACUGUCAGCUCAGAUCCAGCUUGUCCCAAGAAAGGCUGUGUCCUUUCAGAGCCCCCAGUGUGCAUGGCACAGGAUCCCAGCCUGCCUGGGGACCCCCUGGGAUCCUGCCUGGUGAUGGGGUGCUGAGGAGGAGCACCCUGCACCCCUGGGUGGUGGGGUGGGAAGAGCCUCUGCUCUUUGGUGUCCCUGGGUGGUUCAAGUGCAGGGUCCUGCCUGGCAAAGGGGACACCUGCUUUGGGUUUUGGGGGGCUGGGGGGGCUAAGUAGUGUUGUAGUAGGAGGCAUUGUUGCAGACUGAUGCACGUAGCUGCCAGCAUGACUUUGGUAGUGACUGCUUGGCUCUGUGAGUAGUUCCACAGGAGCUUUAGUGACAGAAGGGGACAGGCAAAGCAGACCAUCAGAAAGUAGUGCUUGGAGGGUGAAGCACAGAGCUGGUGGGACCCUCUCUGGCUUCACUUGCUUGCUGCCAGUCUGUGGCAUCAGGACAGUCCUGGUGCAGGCAGAUGCUGCUCCAGGUCAGCCUGGAUCUGGGCAUCACCACCCUGCCCCUUGGCACCCCUGACAGACAGAGGUCCCUUGGGUGCCUGCAGCACUGUCACGCUGUGUUUUGUGGCAGCUGGGUGUGAUGCCAGGGCCCAAGGCAAGGAAACAAUCCCCAUCAGCUCUGCCCCUGCCAGCAGGAUGCAAAGCUCAGCUCUGAGCUCAAAGUUUUUGUUGCAAAUGAGUCUGAGGGACUCUGCUGUAAGGGCUGAGCUGGAGCCCUGGGAGCCUUGGAACUUCGAGCCACAGUGCUUGGAGACAUGGGAGCAGCUGGGUGUCUGUGUGCCUGUCAGAUCUGUGCCCCAAGAGUCCUGACUCCUGCAGAUGAGAGUCUGGAGUGGGAGCUCUUGGCUGUUCUGUGAUGCAGCUGCACUCAAGCCAGUUGCUGCCAUCCCUGCAGAUGCUGGCAAGGUGACAGCACCUGUGGCUUUGAAGAGUUGUAGUGACAUUUAGAGGAUGCUCUCAUCUCCAUUUGGUCAAGGAGCUCCUUUUGGGAAGAUAGAAAGGACCUUUAGAGUAGUAGCAUCACAGUAGUUAACCCCUUCACAGUGUGUGGUGGUGAUUUGUUGUGUUUAGGGGCCCCAUUAGGGAGCUGUGUAUGGAUAAAUGGAGAUAAAAGCCCUGCUCUGGAGACACUACAGACUCAACCCAAUCCCUGCUGACAGCAUCCAGGUUGGAUGGCUAAUCCAGGGGGUCUUUAUGGAAGAGGUUCUGCUUGCCAGGUCUUGGAAAGGCCCCCUGGGAGACAAUGGGACUGGAGUUUUGUUUGUGGGGACUCAAGAGCAGGGGAUGCAUUGACUGCAGUGAGUUGUGACACCAAGUGUGGGAAGACACCAGGGAAGUGGCAGUUCCUGUGCCCUCAGCAAUAGCCUGGUACAACAUCCACCACCUGAGCUCUGCAGUUCUUACCCACACACAGGGUACAGCAAUUCCCUGUCCCCUUCAGUCAUGAAGCUGGCAGCCCUUGUGCUCAUCAGCUCCACUGUCCCCUGGGGGGGAAGAGAAGAGCAAAAGCUCCCUUUCUGCUGCCUACCCAGGCAGGAGCUGAUUUUGUAACACCAGUCAAUUCUUUGUGUGUGCAGUGAAUAAAAAGACCAUUCUACCUCUGGAAAGGGCCACUGUGAUUUCUCAGACUCUUAAUGUUGUAGCAAAACCCCUCAUACUUACUGUGUUGAAGGAGGUCAAUCAGAAAGUACUUCUCCAGUGGGGUUCUCACAGGACCUGAGGAGUCCAACCUCAUUUCAGACUCGGGCAUUUCCUCCUUAGGCAGAGCCCUGAGAACCUCAAUUCAUCUUUGUCAUUUUUUCCUCAGGAAAAAAAACCCCAAACCAUCCACUGCCUUCAGGGAAGGGUUUCAGUGCAGUGAAGAUAUCAAGACCUGGUCCAUAGCCAUGUGAGAAAGAGAAUGCUUCAGCCACAGGGCUGCCAGAGAUCCUGAUCUUCAGAAGGUCAGUGGAAAGCAGAGGCUCUUGAGACCUCUUGUAAUCAGGCCAUGCUUAGAAACAGUCAUAUCCCAGCCAGGGCUGGACAUCUUUCUGGAAAUGGGUCUCAGCUGCAAAGGUUUGAUCUAAUGCUGGAUUUUCUCUCUGGGUUUGAUUUUGGCCCAUCUCUCUUCCUCUGUCCCAGGCUGCUUUAAAUUACUCCUCUGCUAAAGCACAUCUUCUCCUAGGUGAUUUCUGUCAUCUCCUACUCCAGGGCAUCUAAAACAGUAGCUGAGCAUCUUGAGGACUGUGCCAAGCUGUUACCCCAGUCUUCCUUGUCACAGCAGGCUGAAUGUUCCAGGGACAGGAUGACAGGAACAGCUCCACCAGCCCGUGAGGGUAUCAAGUGCAUGUCAGGAGGCUGGAAAAAAGCUUGGGCAAAUCCUCUCUCAGCUCAGCCACUACUGUUCUGCCCUUCUGGGAAGUGUUAGGUUGGAUGUGAUACUCAGCAGGGCCUCACAGCCAUAACCACCUCCUAUGGCUGUGUUUUACCUAAGGC